CAUAAACACAACCAUGUGAAAUGGCCGACUGGAGCACGCGCUAUCUCGCGGCUCUCGACGCCCGCGACAGACGCGAAUCUACUCAUAAAUCUUACAUCGAUGCCUUCACCCGUCUGGCCGAUCGCAAAAGCGUCGCUGUCACCUCGAACAUCUCCGGUACAGCUUCUGGACUAUCGGAUCAACGUGGCAGCGAUGAGGUCAAUCGCCUUCGACAAGACCUGACCACGACACAAGCCGCCCGGUCGUCCCUGCAAACCCAACUCCAGACUCUCCAAGCUUCGACAACGUCUCUGACUACGGCAAACACAACCUUGACUCAACAGCUCACCGCUACACAUCGACAACUCGCCGCCCUUGAGCGGAAACUGAAAGACCGCGAUGAAGAGCUGCGUGAGAAGAAGAAGCUGGUCGAAGAUGUGCAGGACGAAACUGUUGCCUUGAACAUGGAGUUGAAUGCUAUGGAAAGAGAGAAGCAGAGAUUGAAGGGGGAGAACGCUGAGCUGGUCAGACGGUGGAUGGAGAGGAUGCAUGUGGAAGUCGACAAAGCCAAUAGGGAAGGUGGCUGGGAGUGAUUUUCAACCUGGAACAAAAGAGCAAGGUUGUGAGGCUACUAUUGGUCAGCAGGUUGUGACUAUGAAAAGGCGAAAGCGAACGGCGAGCGGAGGGAUUGAACACGGCCAUGAAGCAAAAGAAGAGAGAAGGGGUUAGAUACUGCACCCUGAUGCACCGCGGAGCCGUGAAAUAAUGUCCUGGCACAGUAUCUUACCCUGGAGAAUGGCCAGCUUGUGAUGUAUAUGUAGCCAAGAUUUCAUACGAGGCUUUGAGAUGCU